UGUAAAUCUGCCUCCUCAUGGAUCUGAUCGCUGCUUGUGAACGGGCCAUGAGUCCUGUUGGUUUGGAUGCUGAAGUAGCCGACCUGGUCUACAUGUCCCUGAAUGUAACUGUAGUGGGAUCACAUGGAAUCUCAAUGGCAACCAGAACCCUGAUACUGGUUUUCUGUCUGCUGCUUGCAGCCUGGAGCCACACGGACAAGACAUCUGUACCAGGUCCUUCUUUCUGUCUUGGUUUUGGGCCUUUUCUGUCAUACAUGAGAUUCAUUUGGACUGGUAUUGGGACAGCGAGUCACUACUACAACAACAAGUAUGGAGACAUUGUCAGAGUCUGGAUCAAUGGAGAGGAGACGCUCAUACUCAGCAGGGCAUCAGCUGUUCACCAUGUCCUGAAACAUAGUCUUUAUACUUCACGUUUUGGGAGCAAGCAGGGCCUCAGCUGCAUUGGCAUGAAUGAAAGAGGGAUCAUAUUUAACAGCAAUGUAACCCUGUGGAAAAAAAUACGCACCUAUUUCACCAAAGCGCUGACAGGUCCGGGCCUGCAGCAGACCGUGGAGGUUUGCGUCUCAUCCACUCAGAGUCACCUGGACGAGCUGGACAGUUUGGAUCAUGUGGACGUGAUCAGUUUGCUGCGCUGCACUGUGGUCGACAUCUCCAACCGACUCUUCCUGGAUGUUCCUGUGAAUGAGAAAGAACUGAUGCUGAAGAUUCAGAGGUAUUUUGACACAUGGCAGACUGUGCUCAUAAAACCAGAUAUAUACUUCAAGUUUGACUGUAUUCACCAGAGGCACAAAACAGCAGCGUGACCAGGAGCUACAAGAUGCUAUAGAGGACCUUGUGGAGCAGAAAAGAAGACAAAUGGAACAGGCGAUAAACUGGACAUCAACUUCACUGCAGAGCUCAUAUUCGCUCAGAACUAUGGCGAGCUGUCUGCAGAGAAUGUGAGGCAGUGUGUGUUGGAGAUGGUGAUCGCAGCACCCGACACGCUGUCCAUCAGCCUCUUCUUCAUGCUGCUGCUCCUCAAGCAGCAUCCAGAUGUGGAGCUGCAGCUGCUGCAGGAGAUUGACACUGUUGUAGGUGAGAGACAGCUUCAGAAUGGGGAUCUUCAGAAGUUGCCGUUGUUAGAGAGCUUCAUCAACGAAUGCUUACGCUUCCACCCUGUGGUGGACUUCACCAUGCGUCGGGCCUUGUCUGAUGACAUCAUAGAAGGCUACAGGGUGCCCAAGGGGACUAAUAUUAUUCUUAACACUGGUCGAAUGCACCGCACAGAGUUUUUCAUCAGACCAAAUGAAUUCAGUCUGGAGAACUUUCAGAAAAAUGCUCCUCGCCGAUUCUUCCAGCCAUUUGGUUCGGGUCCCCGCGCCUGCGUUGGAAAGCACAUCGCCAUGGUGAUGAUGAAAUCCAUCCUGGUUACGUUGCUCUCUCGGUACUCUGUUUGCCCCCACGAGGGUUUAACCCUGGACUGCCUCCCACAGACCAACAACCUGUCCCAGCAGCCUGUGGAGCAUCAUCAGGAGAGCGAGCAGCUCAGCAUGAGGUUCUUACCGAGACAGAGAGGAAGCUGGAAAACUGUCUGAGACCCCAGACCCAAAUCGUUCAUGAAGUUUGUAUCUAUACGUGUAUAUCAUUACGUUAUUAUUAUUGUUUUAACACUGUAAAAAGCUGAGUUUCAUAUUUUGUGAUGUAGGCCAAUUAAAAUCCCAUAAUGCAUUGUGUGACAUAUAUUAUAUAUAAAAGCUUAUGGUAAUUGUACAUUUUUGAAAAAAAAAUUGUGUUGCUUUUCUUCGUGGGGUAUUACUUUACUUACUGCCAAUAUAUUUAAUAAACUUUAAGCACAUUAGUGUGUUGGCAAUAACUACUUAUUGAUUAACCCUUCUCUCUUUCUUUAAAUUCAUGAACAUGUUCAGUUUUCAUUAAGUUUAAUUUAACACUACUUGUUGCAGUAUGUUUACUUUAAUUAUCAGAACAUUAUUAUUUUUACGGCUUACAUGCUUUCAUUCUUACAUUGGAUUGUUGUCUACAGGUGGUUUAUUGUUUGCUUAAAGUAUCUUGUUGUUUUGUUGCGUUUAUUUAUUGUUGUUGUAUUUUCUAAAUUAUGAUACCUAAUUUGUUCCUUAAAUGUAUAGCAGGUCCCUCUGAUAUUCAUGUGGCUGUUGACCUCUCCCAACACGUCUCUAAUCUUUGCAUUUACUGGGUUAUGCAGUUUAAUUUCUGCACAAAUAAAUAAAAGACAUGUCUUUU